AUGAGGCUAAGUUUCAUAUUUUUUUAUGUUUCAUUAUUUAUUUUUUUUUCUCAGUAUGGAAAUGGGGAGGUAACAAAACUUAAGAUGACUCCAAAUGAAAUACUUGCUACUAUUGAUGACAAUUUGCAGCAACUUAUGCAAUUUGUGAGAGUUUUGUCAGUCAGAAGUAGUCAUAGAGCUACUACUAAGUGUAUGACUGUGAUAAAAAAUUUGAAAAUACUAAGUUCUGUUUGUAGUAAGCAUAAUAUUUCUAUUCGUCCUUUGACCGUUCUUUGUCUUAAUGGUAUUCUUUGGUUACCUGAGGCUUGUUCUGAGCCACGUUUGUUACUUAAUCAUCUAAUUACUUAUGAAUUAUUGUUUAAUAGUAACUCACAAAAUUUACAACCAAAAGCUAUAAUGGAAAAAGAAAUUCCAGAGAAUAGUACUAAUUAUCUUCUGAAUAAUGGACCUACACAAUCAAAUCAGCUACAUAAUGUAAAGCAAUUAUUUAGAAACCAGAAUAAUGACUCAAUUGAAUAUAACAACUCUAAAUCUACUUCAAAUGAUGAAAGUAUACAAAGUUUUAUACCAGAGCCAGUUUCUCUUCCUACUGAAGAAUCUCACUUACCCUUACAAGUUCAGCAAGUCACUGAAUAUGAUAAUGAAAGAUCUGUUAUACUUAAAUACUCGGAAGAUCAAGAAAUAGCUGAUAGAAAGAAAGAACUAGAGGAAAUAGCUAAUAUGAGAAAAGGUAGAAGGCAAGAAUUCGAAGGUUUUAAGAAGACACUAGAGAAGGUACUAAGUAAUAGUUAA